GGGGAAUCUCAUUGAAUGAGGCGACCGUAGCCGUGACUUCGGGCCCACGCUUUACGGUUAUUAUUGAGGUCCGCCCUUGCCUUAAUAAGGGAAAGAUGUCGCAAUUCAAGUUAUUUGUCAGAGAUUACCAAUAGAUAUUCCCUCCAGUGACUAUACUCUUCACCAACAUAUCUAGUUCUUGUGCCCACAUCCUUUGUUUAGGCCGGUUACCAAUUAUGACCAUACCAUGGACCAAAGCAAGAAGCCUCAGUGAUCAUCAUUUGCCUCGUCUCACUAUUGACAAGGGCGUCAUUAGGAAAGAAAAUCUCGUUGCAAUCUUCGAAGGGCCAAGAACCACCCAUGGUCUCCGGAAGAGUUAGUCCAUCGGGAAAAAUCAUGGCCAUCCGCGCCCUACUGACAAGUCCUCAUCUGCCUGGCGUGACACGUUUGCCAUGCCCACGACACCUGCUCAACGUAGACGGGAUCAACGGCUGCCAAAGCAAAAUCUACUGCCCAGGGAGAAGAAGCCGAACAUCAUACUCAUAUUGACUGACGACCAAGAUGUGGAGCUUGGUUCAAUGGGUUUUAUGCCAAAGACGUUGCAGAUCCUUGGCGAGGGGGGCGCUCAUUUCCCACAGGCCUACGUUUCCACUCCAAUGUGCUGCCCUUCGCGAAGCUCUAUGCUCACUGGCCUUUAUGCUCACAACCAUCACGUGCUCACCAACAGUGAUAAUUGCUCCUCGCCCCAGUGGCAGCAAGAAUUUGAGUCUCGCUCAUUUGCUACGUACCUGAGUGCAGCAGGCUAUCGAACAGCCUACUUUGGCAAGUACCUGAAUGAAUACAAUGGCAACCACAUUCCUACCGGCUGGCGUGAAUGGGCCGCUCUAGUCCGCAACUCUCGCUUUUACAACUACACUGUCAAUGUCAACGGUCACAAACGCAAGCAUGGUCUGGACUAUGCUCGCGACUACUACCCUGACCUGGUGACCAACGACAGUGUAGCUUUCUUGCGCCAGUCCAAGCAACUGUUUCCAAAUCGCCCAGUGAUGAUGGUUGUCUCGUAUCCGUCCCCACACGGUCCAGAAGACUCUGCGCCCCAGUACCAACAUCUUUUUCAUAAUGUCACGACGCACAGGACACCAAGCUGGAAUUACGCUCCAAACAUGGACAAACAGUGGCUAUUGCGGUACACCGGCCAGAUGGAGCCUAUUCAUAUUAAAUUUACUGACAUGCUUCACACAAAGCGACUCCAGACGUUGCAGACUGUUGAUGAUGCUGUGGAAAAGCUGUACAAUGAACUGCUGAGUUUAGGUGAACUGAACAACACUUACAUUUUCUACACAUCUGACCAUGGCUAUCACCUUGGCCAGUUUGGGCUUGUAAAAGGAAAAUCGAUGCCUUUUGAAUUUGACAUUCGGGUGCCUUUCUAUGUGAGGGGGCCGAAGGUUCCUCCAGGAACGAGGUUAAAAGAUAUUGUACUGAAUAUUGAUUUAGCACCAACCUUUCUAGAUAUUGCUGGCAUUGAUGUUCCGGAGCAUAUGGAUGGCAAGUCUAUAUUUCCCAUCUUGGAAGAUGCCUACGAUUCCAUGAGGAAUGGCCACAGGCGAGCUGAGAUAAAACGAAGGAAGGCCUGGCGAGACAGCUUUCUUAUCGAGAGAGGCAAAGUCUCAAAGGACCAUAUGUUUGAUGGAGCCUACAACUCGACUAAGGAACGCAACCUGCAUGUCAAGUGCACGUCUGGAAGACAUCCUUCACCAUGUCAGCCGCAUCAGAGAUGGGAGUGCAUUCGUGAUGGCUGGCAUUGGCACAUGCGUCGUUGUAAGCAUCCCCGACUCCACCACCGUAAAAGCUGCGUCUGCAAGGCGGACAAUGAGGACCACCUGCCUGAACCGGGCACUGGCGACAUUCCAGUGCCAAGCGUGGUCAAGCUGAAGAAGCCCAAGGAACAUCGCCGGCAUCACCACCAUGGCCAGCAUUCCCACACAAUGGAAGAGUUGCCUUCUGUGACGUCAUCUGCGAGUGAGGCUAUGCUUGCUGCCCAUCGCCUGGAGCCAUCUUCCAACUCUCAACUCACACUGGAGGAACGCAAGCAGCAGCGGAAGGUUUCUUCGAGAGCACGUGAAGCAGUCUGUCGAGGUGCUUGGCUCUACGUUGCUCCCGUUGGGAACAGAGUCCUGCUGGAAGGAUUCUCCAAUAAGUAUGUCAUCGACAUAGACUUUAGUUCCAGGCAAAGCCUCAAAGAUGUCGCCUUCAGGCCCGUAUUCAUGGCAGUACGGUUGAAGCGACGUGCGGAUGCAGUGGCUGAAGGCUUUGACCUGACUGAUGACGAAGCUGUAUCUGCUUUUUUGAGGGCAACAGCAGACGAGCUACUAGAAGAGGAGAUGAAAUCGCUAGAACACACCAAUGGCAGUGGAGACCAGUCAUGGGGAGGUGCUCUGGGCGAUCAGCCAUCUUCCAAGCACGAUGGCGACAGCCCAUGCGAUCCCGAUGAUCGAUGGUGUGUUGUUGCUGGGAGAGGAAGUGGUGCUGGUGAUAAAAAAGAUGGUAAGCCGGGGCGACCUAACCCCAAUGCGAAGCGACUUUGGCGUCAGAAGAAGGAGCAUAUCGACGGACUUAUUCGUCGGUUGCGGCAGAAGCUGGAGCAGCUCAAAGGGCUGCGAAGGACGCUCAAGAAGCACAAGACCAAGCACCGCCACCAUAAGCACAUGUUACCAUUGCCGACCGAGGUUCCCCUGGAGACUGCAAGAGGAGGGAGGGCGAGGGACAUUGAAGAAGAUGUUGCAGCCGAAGUGGAUGACAGAGAGUUUGAAGAAGUCUCCUCACCAAGGCAGUGCCACUGUGCUAACGGCCAGCGAGGAACACUCGUGAGAGACAGCCACGAAGAGCUCGGCAGCGAGUACGGAAGGACCAAGGAAGAGAAACUUAGGCGCAAGGAACGAAAGUUCCGCCGGAAGUCAAAGUUUGAAAACACGACAUGCAAUCUUGAGAAAAUGAACUGCUUCACUCAUGACAACAACCACUGGAAGACUGCACCCUUUUGGACAUAUGGCCCGUUUUGUUUCUGUCAAAAUGCAAACAACAACACAUUUUGGUGCCUUCGUACAAUCAAUGAGACGCACAAUUUCCUUUACUGUGAAUUCGUCACUGGCUUCAUAACCUUCUAUGACAUGAGAACUGAUCCUUACCAGUUACGAAAUGCAGUCCACGAUUUGUCAACGCAGGAGGUUCUAGAGCUACACAACUCUCUUGAGAGAUUAAAAAGGUGCCGGGGCUCUCGAGAGUGUCACUUGAAGUACAGGCCAGAGGGACGGCGAGAUUUUUCUGGAGCAGUUCGUACGAGGCACGACAGACAAUGGAAGGGUAGCCGUCCUGAAUGAUCGAGCUGAUCCCAAGUGCUGCUUGACAGAAUGUGGAAUUCUUCUCUGCUUCUUCUGCCAAGGAAAUGUGUACGAAAGACAUCACAGGCCACCCGUAGAUGGCACAUCAGAAGUUCCUGCAGCUAAUAUUUGUCUUGCUGCCCUAUUGUAUGCAUUUGUGUAUUAUGCGCAUACUCAGCAUUUACUGUGUUUUGUUAGUACGAUGCGGAAAUUUGUGUGGAUUUAUGGCUUAAAAAUUAGUACGUAAACAAAGGCGUAAUUCUCUUACCUAAUCCUUUGCUGGUUUGCGUGUUUAUAGUAUUGUUCUAGGUAUACUUUUGUAUAUUUGAACAAACUCGAUUACGGCUAUCGCGUAGCAUAUGAUUUCACUUCUGUAAUGUGUGAAAGCCUGGUUGACUGUUCAGAAGUCAUAUCACUCAAGUUCAAGAGGGAAAUCUUCUGGAGCACUGAAACUUUAGUGCAAGUUGGCUUCACCCUAGGUGAGCUGUAGAAGUUGUGAGAAGGGCGUUCUGCAAAACCAGCUAUGACUCUCCAGGCAGGACAUUAGGCAAACAGAGUGUCUGGUUGUCUUUUUCCUGCUGUUUCGAGCCGAAUUACGGGAAGGUUUUAUGAAAAGAAAAUGGACCUUGCAGAAUUCACGAUGUUGCUCAGUUUUGCUGGAGCUGGAAAGAAAACUCUGAACGAAUUGUUUCAUUAGUGUAUAAAUGCCUUACAUCUGGAAUUCACUUUUCUGGCCGUUCAGUUGUCACUUGGAUGGACUAGGCGAGUUUCUGUGGUGUCAGUGUCGAUAUUUCUUGCUUCGUUCUUGUAUGGUUUAUGACUUGUUGGUUUUGUAAAAAUAGUCAGCAGCUGCCAUGGAAAAAGAAUUAUUUGGGUGGCAAAACGACACCUGCUCAGCUGUCCCGAUAAAAUCGGGGUGCUAAUGUGCCAAGCGCUGUUGCGCAUAUUGGCUUACCGACACUGCGAAGCUCUUGCGACGUAGACUCCGCAGAGGCUCAGCGUUAUGAGGUCAUUUAGGCAUCAUUUCAUUGACAAACAUUGCUUGCUUCUUGUUCAGUACUUGUAGCUCAUUUUAAGUGCAGUGCAGUGUGUAAUUAGGGCAAUAUUGAGUAAGCGCAACUACCUAUAAAAUGCACGUCACUUCUUCCUCUUCAUAUUACCAAAUAAAUGUGAGAAAGCUUGCAAUGUAAGGGUCAGUAUCACAACUUCAUGCGUUGUGUCCACAUAAAAGACGCGAAAAUAUGCGGGAACUGCCAUCUGUCACAUUGAGGUGAAAGCAGCAUAUCGUACUUGCCUGACAAUGACCAUCGCGUUGCCUGGUUUCGUGUCUGCAGCUUGACAGAUUUUUUUUCAAAUACUACUUUCUUCAUGCCACCUGCUGUCCACACGAGACAGUAGUUGUUGUCGAAUUGCUGAUUACCAUUUAACGUAAGACAUUUUUUGUAAGGCACAUUUGCUAUUGCACUCUUGUUUGUGUAGCUAUUUUAAUUAUUAUGUAGGUAUACAGUACUGUAUGCAUUAGUCAACCGCAAUUCUUGUGAGCAAGCUUGAAUGUAUGGCAAGCAUGAAACCACAUUUUGUUAGGUGCUUUUCUAUUUAAUAUAUUUUCAUGAUUACUCCUGUACUAUUGUUAUAUAUUUCUUUUUUUAGUGUUUCACAGCCUUAUUGCUGAAUCUCACAUUGUUUCCUUUCUAGAAUUUUUUUUUUAUAGGCUGCACAUCACGCUUUAUAUUUAGUAUAGAGCUAUUGCUCUGAAGUUUGUUAUGCUAUCUUUAUUUAGGAUUUCAACUUUUGAUAGAUGUGCUAUAAAUACAAACCGGCCGUGCUUAGCACUCUAUAAACGGUUUUUAAUCUAAUAUUUACAUUGCCGAACUCUCUACUCUACGAUGGGUAUUUAUUGACGAGAUAUUUUAUUACGUUAUUUAGUUGCGUCUUUUGGUUUGUUGCAUGUGGUACAUUGCUUUAAGGACUCAUUCAGUUGUGUGAAAAGUGUAAAGCAUUGUUUGUUCUUCAACAGUGAUUGCGAAGACAUUCAGAUGUAAUGUUAUAUGAACCACAGUUGUCGCUAUAUAGGACGUCUACUUCACAGAAGUGUUUUCGUGAACAGGAAUAGCCUGCAUAAAAGUGCGACUGCCACGUUAGUUAGUCUCGUACCUAACUAUGCACACCUACCUUGGCGCCAGUUUGAAGGUGUAGAAUAGUGCACUCUACCUUUGCUAAACACUUUACACUUAGUUUUGGUUGUGUAACAUAGUUUCGAGGUUGUGUCUGUUGUAUGGUAAUUAGAACUAGGGAAUUGCACUGUGCUUAGCACAUUGCCUAAUUGUCUGUUGUGCUUGCUUUGUAUGUUUGUGUCCAUCUAGUUUUCUUCCAUCUCUUCAAGAGAGCUGUGUGCUUGGUGCAUUAUGUAGUACAUGCAUUGUAAAAAUGUCACUCUUUUGAAGAUAAUUUGUGAUGCAACUGUUACGGUCACAAGCUGCACUUGUUGCUUUUUUGUAUUGUGAUCCAGAUAAAAAACUGUUUUCUCUCCUUA